UUGGGUAUCGUUAUAACUCCACUUCUACUUCUGCUUUUUCUUGGAUCAUCCUCCUCUGUGCCUUUUACAUCUAUAUUCUCGCAGCUGUUUAUGACUGUUGUAGUCCCACUUAUUAUUGGACAGAUUGUCCGAAGAUACAUCAAGGACUGGCUGGAAAGGAAGAAGCCUCCAUUUGGCGCUAUCAGCAGCUGUGUGCUCCUGAUGAUCAUCUAUACAACAUUCUGUGAUACUUUUGCCAAUCCAAAUAUCGACCUCGAUAAAUUUAGUUUGAUUAUAAUAGUGUUCAUAAUAUUUUCUAUUCAGAUGAGCUUCAUGUUUUUGACUUUCCUCUUCUCUACAAGGAAUAACUCUGGCUUCACACCAGCAGACACAGUGGCUAUCAUUUUCUGUUCUACACAUAAAUCCCUCACCCUGGGGAUUCCAAUGUUGAAGAUAGUAUUUGCGGGUUAUGAGCACCUGUCCUUAAUUUCCGUCCCCUUACUCAUCUAUCAUCCUGCUCAGAUUCUUCUUGGCAGUCUGUUGGUACCAACAAUAAAAUCUUGGAUGGUUUCUAGGCAAAAGGCACUGAAGUUAACCAGGCAGCCCAAAGCACCCGUGAAAGUAUAACUAUGGAGAUGGCCUGUGUCACAGUGAAUGUAUAUAUGUACUAUACUGUACACACAGACAAUUGAGACAACUGGGUAUUUGUGAAUGUUGCUUCGGUGCAUAUUUUAUUUUUUUAUUCAUAUAUAUAUAUAUAUAUAUUAAAAUGAUACCUGUUAAGUGCCUUACAGAUGCAUUUUUGACAAAAGCAUUGUUUCCAGAAGCCACUUUGUUGGUUACUGCAAGAGGUUGUACAGUAUUUUGGAGUCCCUUAGUUUUUAUUUUUGUAACUGAGUGAAUGGUCAUGACUAACAGCUGUUUCUUUCGUUGCCCCUGCUUUGAAGCCAGGGCGUAGCAGCUGUAAGUCUCUGUUUUAAACUAGCCAAAAUGACCAGAAGCCUAUCCCACUGCUGGCUCACCCUGGGGAAGAGCUUUCUGAAGGUUUUUUUUCCAAGAUUGACUUGAAUUUCUGUGUGACUCUGUUACACUCUAGUCAUAUGACUGUGACAUGCCUUUUUCUUCUGAGUUUGUGUAUACUCAGCAUGGGGCCAUCCAUUGGAUAGAAGCUGAGAAGCAUGAAUUAUUUGCAUUUGUUGACACAGUUGUCUAGACAUUCCUUCAAAGUUAAUGGUUUCUCAAGAAAAUUCUUUCAAUUCCAUUGUAUGAUAUUGUGCUAUUGUAUAUCUUAAAUGCCUCAUAAGCUUCUUCAAAGAAUUGGUCUGGUGCUUGCGUUAUGAGUGAAGUAUUUGUGUUUGCAGUGAGGAGAUCUUUUAUAAUUUACCCCUGAAGAACACAAAUUUUUGUUUUUAUUUUUUCUUUUCCUUCCCCCGGUGCAAUGGACUGAGAUCUGCAGUGACAGAAUUUAGGAUGCUAAUAUUGAAACAGAGCCUUUAUUGUAGUAAGCCAAGCUAUGUUUUCUAUAUUGCUGCAUUGGUAACGAAUAAUAGCUUGUGAGAACAAGAAAGUUGACAAUUAUUUUUUUUUCCUAAUUAAAAGGAUCCUUACAGUAACAGAAAUGCUAUCGUAGCUAAUUUGACAAUCUGUCACAACUUUUUUUUAAAAUAAAAUGUUACUCUUUUUAAUAAACUUAUCUUAAAAAAAAGUACAAAAUACUAUUUCUAAGAAGAGUGUUGAAGAGAAAGGAGCACAGGCAUAUAUUUAAGCAUACACCCAGCGCCACAUCUUGUCUGGGAAAUAAAGAUUUCAGAAGCGCCCAGGCUCUGAGGUGUACCAGUCUGCAAAAACUGUGCUGGCAAUUGCGUGUUGAAACAUUAAAAGAAAUGAAAGAAAUAGGUCAAGCUGGGAUCAAUAUAAAUGCAAAAGUUUCAUGUGUGUCAUGGUUAACAUUGCAGUUAAUGGUGCAACUGAGUGCAAACAGAUCUUUAGCAGAUGUAGGUUAUCGUAGCUCUGAUGAGUCUAUACAGCCAUUUACACAAGCUAAAGAUCUUUUGUAUGACAAUAAGCAUGUGAAAUUCAUAUCCUUUUGCCUUAGUGAAAAAAAUUGUGUUUGGUUUAUCCAGUCUGUUAUUCCUGUGAACAACAGGAAAAUAAUUUGGUAGCAGUCAUCGGUGCUUUACCUGAUGGUCAGUCAGUGCAAAACUGCUCUAUUGCCGUCAGUAUGAGAAAAUACUGGGAGCACACAGCAUCACCUUGUUCAGAAUUGUCAUCACCAGGAAAUCAACCAUGUAAUGAAGGUACGUGAGGUGGCAACAUGCUGAAUUCUUCCAUUCCCUGGAGUGGGAUCAAGUUCCGCACACUGAGCCAGCGGGAGGGCUGAGGGCCACUGUCCACUGCCCGUGUCCCCUAGGGCUGUGCUCUCUUUUUCCUGGCCAGUGAUGCAAAAGGCAGUGGCAGUGAUCUCACAGUUUUAAUCAAUGCAUCUCUAGAUAGUAGAGUCAGAUCCACCAACAAGCUAGCCUGUGAGGUAAUUAGAGAGAAUAGCAUGCGUGUUCUUGGACCAAAUUCAAGGUUCCCCUUCCUUAAGCACGCUGACUGGUAACUGGCUCCACAUGAGAAAAAAUUCCUUUAUCUGGGCUUAGAAACUCUGCUUGCACCAGAGAGGCCAAACUCAGGACAGUUGUUUGGGGUUUUUUUCUGUUCUGUUUCCAUAAACCUGAACUUCCAGAGUAUAUAAGGACUUAAUCCCAAUCCCACUGAAAUCAGUGACUCUCUCUGUUGGUUUUGAAUGGCAAAGCAAAGGGCCCAGAAAGAGUGCUAGGGGUUUUUUUUUUGAUAUCUAGGAAGAGUUCAAGCAUACAGUAACUUACUGUAGCUGUGCCGAUACUAAAUAGUCAGAACACUGCAGGUACCCUUACUGAGCUACCUCUAUGUACUGAACCUCCGCCUUUCAGUACAUCCAACAACUUGAUUAGAUUCCACUGAACACAUGGUUUUUGUUUUGGUUUGGGUUUUUUUCUUCUUCAUUUAAGAAUAUUUCAAACUGUUUUAAGAUAGAGUUUUGUUAGAGCCUUUAUAAAGUCCUUGUGAUUGCUUGGGGCAGCCUAAAUAUUAUGUAUGAGUGUUGGUCUAAAGGGAACAAAAAGCAAAACUGAAAUACGUAUUUUAAAUCCGUACUUAAUGAAAGUUAAUUAUGCAUAUCAAGUCUGUUAUGUUUAAAGAUGUUUGUUUUAUGACUUGUUAUUAUGCCUACUUGUCUUUAAUAAACAGAAUGGUUUUGAAUUUAAUUUUGGUAAUAGGAAAACAAGAUAAAAUUACUUAUUUCUCUAGGUCAACUUCUUACUUGUGUUACGUAUAUUUUGUUCUUUUGCAGGUAAGCUUUUAAACUGUUCGCUUGUUCUUUUUAAAAAAGAUGUGAACUGUACAGAAAUAUUCUAUGGACUAAACUUGGGGAAAGAAAGUCCUCAGAAUACUGUGAAUUAUCAUCAGCUGAAAAUUAAUUUAUUGAAUUAAUUAGUUUUUCGGUAGAGGGUUACAACAGUUAUGAAUCUUUUCAACUUCUUGGCUUUAAAUUUAAUUGAGAGAUAUCUGGUAUUAAACAUAAUCAGGCAAAGCUGGUGGCAAACGAGAACUUUGCCCAUGUUAAAACACAGAUUUUCUUGAUCAUUAACACUUCUUAGCUUCUGCAUAUCUAUAACCCCAUCUAAUGAUAGCAGAGGAAAAAACCUGCCUAAACAAUAAAAGAGCACUUCAGAGGCCACAGGGAAUCAGCACUUUGUGUUGAGUUACUCAAACAUUUUAUUUCCUUUUUCAUGCAGUAAAUUGAGAAGCUUUCGAUAAUCCCAGUAAUGGGUCAAAGAUAAAUAUUCUUUUAUGUAGUUAAAAUCAAAACUGUGGUUCCAUUUAUUGUUAUAGAUAUUUUAGUUAUUACGGAUAGGCUACAGGAGAGAAAGGCAAUCUCAGCAGAAGCUGUGCAGUUGCUUGUUAACAGAGCCAAAGGAGAGUGGCUUGAUUUUGCCGAAGUAGUCCCCUACUUUAAUCUGGCAGUCAGGGAAAGAGGAGCUGUUAGUUUUCUUUGUGUGUGGUUUUCUGUGGAAAUAUCUUGACAGCAGGAGGUUAGAAGGCAAGAUGAAAUAUUUUCUGUCUGCAAGCACGUUUUUUUAUGUGCAAGUGCAUACGUGCAUAAGAGAUGAGCAGUUAUAUAUGUAGAAGCCACUAGAAAGGGCCAAGUCCCUGGUAUACAUUUUUUUUGCAAGAUUGAAAAUGGAGAAAGAGCUACUUUUCUGAUGUUAUUCUGACAUUAAAAAUGAAAUUUCAGAGACUGAAUUGUGUUUUGUAUUGAAUCAUAAUCUCAUACAGAACCUUCACAGCAGAUGAUCACAGCAUUGUAUUUGUAGACAUUGUACUGUAGACUAUUUUGCACUUAAAUAGAUGUUGAUGCAUUUGGGAAUUACAACACAGUAAAGGACUAAAUCAUAGUUCCUCCGUUUUGUUAUAAUCCAAAUGCAUUUAUAUUGCUAUUAUUAUAAAGUGCCAGAAACACACAGUGCCUCACAAACACGUUAAAUAGACAAGAGACUAAAUUCUGCCCUCGGUUACACUUGCACAUCUCCAGCGAAAGGGCUGUUAAGUUGCAGAGCGGUCUCCCUGGGGAAGCUGUUUGAAAAGCCCUUCCAUUGUUCUAACAAAGCUCACUGAUCAUGUAGCACAUGACAAGAGUAAAUGAAGAGUAUUUUACUUUAGGUUUGAUGUCCUGCCCUUUCCAGCAUCUAAGAAACUGAAUCUCUUUUGUCCAUGUUUCCAUGGGUAGCCCCAGUCUCCUGGACUAAAACUAUAGCAUCAUGUGAGGAAGAGGGAGAUUGUUUCCUCUAUGCCUUUUUCUUGCUUAAACCAUGUUAUCACUUGGGAUCAUUAGACUGUGACUUCUUUGAGGAGGCAUUUUGAAUUAAAUUCUUUGAAGCUUAUGUGUGCAGUUCCUACAAAAUUCUCAUUCAACCCAGACUGCCUUACAGGAUGGUAAGUAAUCUUCUGGAGUAGCGUGGACAGGGACUAUCGCAUGGCUUUUGCUCUGCAGAACUAGAGAAAGCAAUGCCAGGACAUGCAGUUGCAGGCAUUGCUGCAGGGAGGUCUGCUUCAUGCUGGCAUCUGGAGCUGUAGCAGGGGUCAUAAAAGCAGCCUCGAAAUUGUUCUCUUGCCAGAAAGUUGGAGAGUGAGAUUUUCAGUGAGAAGUGAAAUUAAAUUUGUUAGUGAUUAAAAGGACAAGAGAGAUGUGUUGGAAGCAAUUGGUGCCAAUGAGUCCUUUUGGCUGUUCCCCUAAGCAAAUUGCAGUCUCAGUGGAAUAUCAGCUUCUCAGUCCAUCAGAUUGCAGUAAUCAAGUCUGGAGCUGAUGGGAGCAUGAGUCACCACUUAAUUUUCUCAUCAGCAGAGGCCAAGUUUUCAAAAUAUUUUUAGGUGCAUUUCCACAGAGACUUCUGCCAGCCAGUGACCUACAGAGUGACAAGAAAAUGAGCAAUAGCUGCUGUUGAGUCAGGCUCUGCUUCCUGCCACCGACUCUACUGACUGCAGUUUUGGGCAGGGAGGGCAUGUAGAUCAGAGGCUUUUGGCAUUGCUAUGCAGAAAAGAGCCCCACUGAUUUGAUCCCAACACCUGGAUUUGUUAAACAAUAAAAUAACCUGUUAAUUCUUAGGCUAUCUAGUAGGUUCAAAUCAACUCUGGCUCUGUGUUGCUAGCCCUGACCAGAAGCAGGUGUGAGAAACUGAUUGUGAUCCCUGCUCAGAGAGAGACGAUACCCAAUGGGAGCAGCUCACAGAAGAGACCGUGCGUUGCCCAAGGAUCCCGUGCUGGUGCGUAUUGUCCGCUUUUUACCUGUCUCAAGAGUUGCCACUUGGCACAGCCAUUCUUCACCCAGUCAAGAAGGAAAAAAAAAAAGCCUCUUUGGAUGGCAUCCUCUGUUGGUAGGCUCCAUCUCAUAUAAUUGUAAUGAAAUCAAAGGCUUGUGGGUGUUAGCAUGUCAAUGUUAGUUCAUGUAUGUAAGAAAAAACUUACUGUUUGUGGUCAGUUUUCUUAUGAAACAGUUCCAAAUUCUAAGCAAAGUCAGCUCUCUUAAAAGGGAAGGAAAUGGGCUGCCUUGAAAGAAAGAAGGUUUCAUUGAUAGAUUAAAAAAAAUUAUGGAGGUCAUGUGAGUCCUGGCCUUUUGCCAGAAGAAUUGCAGGAAAUAAAAUUUGAGAGUCCCAUGACAAUAAUUGGGUAUGAAAUUCUAUUGACAAAAGCUUUUGCAGUUGUGCUCCCUUCCUGUCUUAGCAUUGUGACUGCAGUCUUUCCCCAUCCGUAUCCUUUGUCUGUUAUACAGGCCAUACCCAAAAUGUUCCAAAAUUCUUAUUUCCUGGUGCCAUCUCCACUUAGUUUUGCCACUUCUUGCCAACACUGUUUGGAGAAAUAUGUAAUAAAAUGUCCUUUUUUGCCUAUUUUGAUCCUAAGCUCCCACCCCACCACCUCUUUUUCUGACUCUGCCAGCUAGCUGUCCCUAACUGAACCUGUUGGUAUCAUCGCCAAGAUGAUGCUCUUAUCUGCUUGGAGAGACCCCAUCCUGCAAGCAGCAUGACAGGAUAACUGUGACCCAGAAACCAGGACAGCUUUCCAAGGCAGUGCUUGGCAAAGCAGAAGUCAGGUUUUUUGUGCUGACACUAAAGACCUUUACACAUACUAAUUAUGGUUCUCAUGUUCUUUGUUAGGACUCGCAGCUUCCCUGGAUGGAAGGGCCCACACACCCUUGGGCCUGCAGCACUCCAAGGUGUCCCUGGUGGUCCUUUGGGCAAUUCUGUAUUACUGCAUGAUAUGUUUUGCUAAGUUCAUCAGCAAAUUCUUACCUGUUCUAGUUGUAAUGUUGCUUUAAAUUAGAGGAUUUUCAAGACAACCUGAAUAUUAUUCUUUAUAAAAAUGAUAAAGAAUCUUUUUUCAGUGAAAUAUUUUAGAUCACUGUUUGAAAAAUUAACUGUCAUUUCCAAACAGUGGCUCAGGACUGAAAAAGAUGCAUAUACAGUACUUUCCCAAAAUAUACGUGCAGUCGUUCAGGUACCUCACAGCGAGCUGCCUAAAGCCCCCUUUAGAAAACCACUACAACAUCUGUUUAGGUCCAAUUCGCUGAUAAAUAAAAUAUUUCCCAGAGGCAUAAUACCAUACUAAAAAGAAGAGUAUGACACAACUUCAACCAGCUAAUACGAUAACUCUAUUUCAUGCAGCUCAUGGAGUGUUAAUGUGGGAAGCCUGUAUCUUUUCAGCUUGGCUGUCUGCGAGCAUCACACACAGAUCUGUCCCCAGGCUGGAACCAAAUCCCACAGCCCCGUGAGCAGUAGCAGCGUGGGAGCAGUACUUACCCAGGGCACUGGGGGUUUUAUCACCCUGUGCUCACAAACCCCUUUUUCUGGGCAAGCCAAACGUAAAAACAUAGCUGAGUGUGAUACGUGAGUCAGGGAAACAGAAUAAAGUGCUGCAGCAUGACUUCUAGCAUGCUUCUGAUCAGGUAACAUAUAUUUGUGAUGUGUAAUUCUAACAUGUUGCUUCUCUGAUUGUAGAGGACAUAGAAAGCUCUAUGUAGCUAUACUAUCACAUAUCAGUGUUCCCAAAUGGUCUCGUUUAAAGUACUUAUUGGGACAUUGUUUUAAAAAAACAAGAAAACUCAAAUCUUGCUGAUACCAGGUUUUUGGAAGGUUUUUAGGUAGCUUUUUUUUUUUUUUUUUUUUUAAAGUAAGGUGCAUCUUACAUGUAGAAAAACUGCUCUCCAUACAUAACAGGAUUUAUGUUAAACUAUUAUCUUCUAUAAUUUAAUGUUUUCCAUAUACUUAAGAAUGUAUUUUACUGGGAUAGCUGUUUACUUUAAACAGCAGAAUCUCUCGGCUAAUUCAUUCCAUUCCAGUGUUUAGCUUUCAUAUAUACAUAAAUAUGCCUCAGUGCUUCGCAAGCAGCAGCUUUCUAUGUUUAAAAAAUAAAUGUAGUGAGAAAUCUCAAUAUUUUUCAAUACUAGUGAAAAUGGCACAAAAUUGUGUCUGUUAUGAUGGCAUAGUGGUAUUCUUUGAGUAGCUGCUGCCUGGAGUGUGCUUGUGUUUUUCAGAAGCUCCAAUUUAGGAGUUUAUUGUCUUAGCAACAAAAUGUUUGCUCCGAACAAUCCCAGAACAACAAUACAUUAGCAGAAGGAAAAGAGUAUUUACAGCCAAUAAUUCAGCUGUUAUAAAUUAUGACUGCAAAAUAAGAGAACGGGGUUCCUUUUCAAAACUUGCUGCCAUGUUCUGGUUUCCAUGAUGCUGAGUAAGGUCACUGAUGUUCUGAUUAACAGCUGUGCCUUGAGUGGUUUUCAUGUAAGGAAGACUUUAUUAAGCUUUCUUCUCAAAUUUAUCAUUUUUUCUUCUGUUUUGAAUGGAAGAAGAAAAUUCUCAGUGACUCUUUAGCCUGUAUUACAUUCCCACUGACAAAGGGAAUUAUUAGUUUGCUCCAGAAAGAACUAACAGUCUUUGCCAAAUAAACUAUGCA